AUGAACCCAGUCACAAUACCAGAUGCACUCUCCAUACGGGAAUCAUCGUCAACACCCAAUGCAUUUCCAACACCAAAGACGCUGGCACCAGACGCAAGUUCUUGCGUGAAUACAGCAACAUCGCGGAGUUGCUGGGGAAGUUACAGUAUCGAUACUGAUUACUAUGUGACGACACCUUACACGGGCGUGACGAGAGAGUAUUGGUUAACUGCGGAAUCGACCACACUUGCGCCGGAUGGAUACGAGCGCGAAGUAUUAGUCUUCAAUGGCUCGAUGCCAGGUCCGACAAUUGAAGCAGACUGGGGAGACGAGGUUGUCGUCCAUAUCACAAAUGGCAUACCUGAUAAUGGCACCUCAGUGCACUGGCAUGGUGUCAGGCAGCUUAACAGCGUCGCUAGCGACGGCGUACCAGGAGUGACUCAGUGUCCCAUAGCGCAUGGCCAGACGAAGACCUAUAGAUGGCGCGCGGCGCAAUACGGAACCUCGUGGUACCAUUCGCACUUCAGUUUACAACUCGGCGAAGGCCUCCUUGGUCCGAUUAUCAUUCACGGGCCAGCAACUGCAGACUACGAUAUUGACGCUGGCCCAAUCGUUUUGCAAGACUGGACCCAUACCAGCGUCUUCACCAUAUGGGAAAACCUGCAGAGAAAUGCGGCUGACGUCCAACCGAUUGGCGAAAAUGGCCUCAUCAACGGGCUGAAUCCGUAUGACUGCAGCCAAUCCAGUGACCCGGCCUGUAUUGGCACGGCUGAACGAUUUGAGCUCAACUUUCAGAAGGGAAAGAAAUAUCGACUUCGUAUCAUAGGCACCCAGAUUGACGGUUGGUUCAAGUUCACUAUUGACGGCCACAAGCUCAGGGUGAUCGCAAAUGAUUUUGUACCAAUCGAGCCAUAUGAGACCGACAACAUCAUCUUAUCUGGUGGAGAGCGGUAUGACGUUAUUGUCGAGGCUGAUCAACCAGUGGGGAACUACUGGCUUCGUUCGAUUUACCAGACUGCCUGCAAUAGGAACGAUAAUCUCAAUAAGAACAAUAUUCGAGGUAUCGUGCGAUACGUCGGUGCGGAUACCGAUAAGACUCCGACCACAUGCGUCAGCAAGACGAUCACGAACUCGUGUGGAGACGAGCCUUACGAGAGCCUAGUGCCCUGGGUAUCCCAUAAUGUAGGUAGCAGUGACUUCGAAGAUACAUUAGGGAUGGCCAUUUAUAUGGAGCCGGACCUUACCUUCAAGUGGACGCUCCGCACCAAGACGCAGAUCGUCGAUUGGCAGAACCCUACUCUAUUGGACAUAUACAGAGGCGACACCAGACUCCCUCCUGAGAGUAAUGUAGUGACAGUGGAAGCAACCAACGAAUGGGUGUAUUGGAUCCUUGAGGACCAGACCGGACGAGAUAUUUGGCAUCCUAUGCAUCUUCACGGUCAUGACUUUUACAUUCUGGCCCAAGGUUCAACAGCAUACGACUCUAGCGUGAAGCUAAACACCAAGAACCCGCCGCGAAGAGAUACGGUGACAUUAUAUGGUAGUGGAUACCUAGUGAUUGCUUUCAAGACAGACAACCCUGGCUUAUGGCUCAUUCAUUGCCACAUUGCCUUUCACGCAAGUCAAGGCCUCGCUUUGCAGCUUGUCGAGAGACCUGCAGAGAUACCCGACCUGAUUGCAGCAGAUGUCGACCAACUAAACAAUACGUGCAAGACCUGGGCGCCGUUCUACAACUCACUAGCUCAAGCACAUUAUAAACAGGAUGACUCGGGUAUCUAA